UGUCAAAUUCGACUGGUAUGUCUUUCUACAGGUUGCACCCAUAGCUUUAAUCGGAUAUUUUCCAAGAGACAGGGCUGAUCGACUAUUGAGUAUGGCUGAGUCGUUCCUUUCUUCCUUAUUGAAACUCUUCCGCCAAAGGGCAACUAAAAUAGUAAUCACGCAGCUUUUUCGGGGGCUCCACAUUCAUUCCAUGUCUGAAGCUGCAACGUCUUCUGAGGUGAGGGAACGUGAACUGAAGUCGACGGCUUUGUGCGUGUUAGGGAGGUUCAUCACUUCAGAAAAACAUAAAACGAAUCUCUUCUCUGCUAUGGACACUGCAAUUUCUGUCAAAGGGGGUGGCCAUGGGCAUGAUGUUGCAGAGUCCUGUGCUGGUCAAGUCUCCACACGACUGGAAAAAGAAAAUCAAGCUAAAUCUGACCUAUGUUUUCUUGCUCUAUCUUUGAUUGAAAUCAAAUCAAACCUAAGUUGAAUAGUCGUUAUAGUUUGUUAGAUUAGAUUAUGGUGGUAUAACCUCUGAAAGUGCAAAGGAAUUUCAUGUUCGAACCACCUACCGGGGCUUUGGCUUGCAUUCU